AUGUCGUCCUGGUUAUCACGUUUGGCAGCGGAAAGCGGCCUAACCACCGUCCUGCAGUCCGGUCGCGAUGCCAAACUUCUGUGCGCCCAGCGCUUCGUGCGGCUUUUCGCAUAUGGCGCGUCGUUCCUAGUACUGGUCCCGUUUCUCGCCAGUUUGGGCAUCUCCGAUGCACGCAUUGGUCUCUUUAUGACGCUAACGAUGCUCGGUGAUGUUGGCAUCAGCCUUCUUCUCACGGCUAUCACUGACCAAGUCGGUCGGCGGCUCAUCCUAGCAGCCGGAACUCUGCUCAUGGCCAGCAGCGGUGUUGUCUUCGCCCUCAGCAACAACUUUUGGGUUCUUCUUUUGGCUAGUAUCGUGGGUGUCAUCAGCCCCAGUGGAAACGAGAUUGGGCCAUUCCGCGCCGUUGAGGAGUCGGUCCUCGCUCAGUUGACGCCCUCAUCGCACCGCUCUGACAUGUUUGCUUGGUACACACUGUUUGGAACGGCCGGCACUGCCCUUGGCUCGUUAGCGAGCGGGACCAUUGUGCAGGUUAUCCAAGAUAGAAACGGUGAGACCAAUGCAGCCUAUCGGAUCAUCUUUUUUUUGUAUGCUGCAAUUGGCCUCGUCAAGUUUCUGUUGACGUUGGCAUUGACGUCCGCGGUGGAAGCAGCCCCGGCUCGUCCCGCGCCGACACCAUCGUCCGAACCAAAUGAACGGAGCGGUUUGCUUUCGGGGGAAGGCACGACCGACGAACCUGCUGCCGAGGCUCCCACUUCAAAAGGUGGCAUCUUUCAACGUUUCUUGGACCUUUUCCCGACCAUCUCACACGAGUCACGCGGUAUCCUUUCCCGCCUCGUCUUGCUAUUUGCCCUGGACUCGUUUGCUUCGGGUAUGGCAUCACCGUCCUGGAUCACCUACUUCUUCAUCACCGUGCAUUCCUUAGCGCCAGCCAUCUUGGGAACACUCUUCCUCGUCACAAACAUUUUUGCUUCGUUUUCGAAUCUCUUGGCACUGCCACUAGCCCGCCGACUCGGCCCGCUAAAGACCAUGGCCUUUACUCACCUCCCUUCGGCCCUAUUCCUGGGUCUUGUUCCAGUUCCGCCAGCAUCAGGAUCAGUUGGAACGCCUCUCGCCAUGGCUUUCCUUGCCUUGCGAGCAUGUACGCAGAGUAUGGACCAGGCACCCCGGCAGGCCUUUUUGUCGGCCGCCGUGCUGCCCGCAGAACGGACUGCCGUGAUGGGUGUCGUCAACACGGUGAAGACGUUGAUGCAAGCUGGGGGUGUUGGAUUCUCGGGUGUCCUGGCUGGUCGUCAUCAGUGGAUUCUGCUUCUUGGUGGUGCAGGUGCCUUGAAGGCGUCUUACGACCUUCUCCUGCUAUGGAACUUUUCCCAUCUGCGUCCCCGGCAAGAGUAA